AUGGGUAUCUGGGGUAUCUAUCUUGCUGCUUGGUUCACUUCUGUACUUCCCUCCUUCGAGGGCCACCAAACACCUUGGAACUGGAGAAUCCCAAAGUCGGUUGACAAAGUAGUGCUCCUGACGCCAGCAGUCCUUGGCCCUUUUUUGAUAUACCAGGUCAGAAGGCUGGUCCAGUCCUGGUACAAACGGCAAGAGGCGCUCGAAGAGGCUGAGUUAAAAAAGUUGCGCGCCGAACAAAAGAAGAAAGUGGAAGAGGUGAAGGCUAAAUACAACUUUGACAAGAUUAGGGCACUUAUUGAAACUCAAGCGGAGUCCCCCCGGCGGGAGGAUCCCAACUCUAACCUGCGACAACGCGCCAUUACAAUGAACCCUACGGCUCCACGUAUGCCUGCUAGACAGAUUAACCAGAGGGUACAACCGCCCCUUGACACUCGCUCCCCGCACAUGCUCCAAGUCCCUGGGGCUGCACCGCCUAGGCCUAUGCUACCGCCACAGAGGGGGUGGCUUGACAAAGUAGCCGACAAAGUGCUGGGUGAAGACGAGAGCCCAGUAGGAAUAGCCCAAUCGCGUUAUGCACUGAUCUGUGAGAGAUGUUUCUCGCACAAUGGUUUGGUUAAGGAAAGCGAAUGGGAGACUACCCAGUAUAUUUGUCCGAAAUGCGGUCACAUGAAUCUCUCCCCCAAGACAAGGAAAUCCGGAAUUCCUAUCUCCCCCCGCUCUCCGAUUCCUAUUUCCCCUCGCUCUCCGAUUCUGUUUACCCCCACCACUGAUGUGGCAUCACGCGCCUCACAUUCACCACUCUCACCGAUACCGGGCUCUUCAGAGCCACCCUCCCAAGAUCAUCCAUCCCAAGAUCAACCUAACCCUGAGGAAAUGGACGUUGACACAUCUUCGUCAUAG